AUGCUUCGUGUACUGCGGCAUUCUAUUCUUGUGCCCUCCUCAGUUGUGGCCUUCAGUCGACAUCACCAAGGCGGUAUGCAGCACGCCGCCGCCAACAUGAUGGACAAGCAGGCACCCAAAGUGGAGAACGUGUCACACGAAAAGGUGUGGGCGCUGUGGAAUGAAGGCAACCUGUUCUCCUUGUCUCUUGUGCAGCUGCAAGGUUUCCUCGCCCGCGCCGGGGUUCGGACAGACCCUUCCGCUAAGAAGGCGGUGAUUGUGCGGCAGGUGGAAGAGUACCUCCACUCUAAAGACACUGCCGCGAAAAAUGGUGGUCAAGCGCCGCCACAGCAACAGCAGCAGCAACAGCAGCAGGGAGGAUUUGGUCGAUGGAAUCAAUCCACUGUGAUGCAACCAGAAACACUGCUGGACCUUGCGCAGGCCGGCUUUUACGAGGGAUCCGUGAAUAUGGCACCAAAGGCCUUUCAGUUGCUUGUUAGCAAUACCGCGGCAGAUGUGGUGGUGUCGCGUGUGAACACCACCGCCUUUCCAGGGUUUCCGGCAAACACAGAAUGUUACACGUUGGGUGCAUCCGAAAAGGAUGUGGCUCUCCGUUCUCGGUACAGCAAGGUGCUUCAAUGGUGCUGUUUAAACAUGAGCAAUCUUCAGAUGGACGGAGAGUUAUUUCUGGACUUUGGUAAACUGCUUUUACAACCAUCCGUCAUGCGGAAGAAUCGUUCCAUCGUUUCUUCAUAUACGCUUCAGCAACGGAUGCAGUUGAAUCAUCCAUACACAUGGGUCUCCACAUUACCAGAGUCUUGUGUUUCUAAGAUUAAGGAGGAAUUACUGAUACCGGAGGGGUUCAUGCCACUUGGUAAGGGAGCUCAACUCACAUACAGUGGAACGGUUAAGCGUGCAAAGGAUCAACUUCACCUUGAGUUGGAUAACAAGGGGAAGGUAUUAUCCGUAAAUAGCGCCUGGGUAAAUGUGCAGACGGCCUGGUGCACACAUGCCCGUGGACCGGACGUUCGCUUGUUGCUUCGUUCAAGGCCUCCAAUACGACGGCAAGAGGUGGAAAUGUUUGCAUCGAUGCCCAUUAUUCAGCUAUCGGAAGAUGAUGUAUCGGACGUUUUGCCUUCGGAGCAUGGUCAGUUGAUAUAUCUCUCAGAGGACGAGACUCGUCUCUUCGAGAAGGUGACAGAUAAAGGCGUGAAGAUCACUGUGAGGGAGACAAAACGACAGCCCCUUAUUGUUCUUCGUGAUGAGGAGGAGGAUCCUCGUCUAGAGUAUAGCCUGUCUGUGGCGAUUCCCGCGAAUGCGCGAAAGGCGACGGAUGUGCGGGCUGUAGGGCUCUCCGCCUUUGAGUUAGCUGGUCGACUGGCCGCAAUCGUGACGGAGGAUUUUGUGAAGGAGUACGGCUGCGAGGCGAAACUGUAA